AAGCAUAGACUCUAUGGAAUUCUAAUUCAGAGUGUUCUGUUUUGUGUAAAUAUCGUAUAUGACAUAAAGUUUAUCGAGUCAAUUGAUCGGGCUUCAAGUAGGAAUGUUUGGUUUUUGCUUUCCAAGUAACUGUGAAAAUGUCAAAACAAGGAAACAUUUGGAGAUGCGCCUACAUUCUGGCAGGUUUACUUCCCAACAUUACAGUUCGCGGAUUGGUGGCUCAUGACAUAGUGAUAGUGGUAUUGAGUCAAGGGGACUCGUACCAUGCAUCUUUGGCCCAACAGCUCAGAAGCAGCAUCCAGGAGCAAGCCCAUGAAGCAGAUCAGGUUGUGCCCAAAGUUCACCUGGCUCAUGAAGAUUUUCCACUUCCAGGAGCCUGGACAGUGGUCCCCCUUUUGUCCGAAUUGUUUUCUUUACAUGGGUCCAACAGUUCGUGGCUUGUCUUCUGUGAAAGUCACACCAGAAUUGACUUACUUAGGAUGGUGGAACUUCUUAAUAAAUACAGUGCUACACAGGAACUCUUCAUAGGCCAUGCAUUGCAUGACAGAGAAGCUACUAUUAUUCACCAUUUUGCUUUCUCAAAUGAUCCCCAGCAAUUCAAAUAUCCCUACUUUGCAUCAGGAUUUGCCAUGAGCCAAGGUUUGUUAGGUAAUCCAGUAACAAAGGAGUCCAUGUACUUCGCAGUAAAAACAUGCAGGAAGUAUCACAAGGACCGAAUACCUAUUGUAAAAGAUACCUGGGGAAAAUAUGCUUUUCAUAUAGGUUUCUACAGUGAAAGUGAAGAUUCUGCAGUCCCAACAAUUAAUUUAGGAGUCCCAAACACAGAACAUGGGCACUGCAGAAAAACAAUGGCCAUAUUGAAGCAUAUUUCAUUGACUGCACCAACCAUACCAGAUGUUAAAUGGGUCGUUGUAGCAGAUGAUGACACUAUUCUCAGUGUUGCAAGACUUCAGCAGUUACUUAGCUGCUUUGAAUCAAGCACGCUACUUGCUCUUGGUGAGAGAUAUGGUUACAAUGUGCAGCAUUCACCUCAAGGCUACAACUACAUAACUGGUGGUGGAGGAAUGGUAUUUUCCAUUGCUGCUGUGCACCAAAUAGCCACCUCCAGCUACUGUGAGUGUCCAUCAAAUUCAACUCCAGAUGACAUGUUUCUUGGCAUAUGUUUAGCCAAGCUGGGUAUACCGAUAACACAUUCAUCACUUUUUCACCAGGCACGCCCAAUGGACUAUGCUCCAGAGUACUUACACCCACAGCUGCCUGUGUCAUUUCAUAAGCACUGGAUGACCGAUCCUCUCAAAGUGUACAGUAAGUGGUUUUCUCAAAUUGACCAGCAAAUAGAAGCAGACCACCUAUCCCAGAAGCAUGUGGAGCUGUGAAAUCAAUAUUUUCAACAGCGAAAUUAAGAAAUCUUACAUACAUAUAUUUGUAUUAAAGUGUUUUGUUGUUACAAAGUUAAAAAGAAGUGUUUAAUUGCGGAAA